AUGAAAUUGAGUUUAUUUGGCAAAUAAGCAGCCUCUAGAGUCAAAGGGGGUCUCCCCCAUUACACAUGGACACAUCUCUCUUCUCUCCAAAACAAAAUUACACACAUUUCUUCCCUCUCCACCACCAGAGAAGCAAUGAUCAGCAGGCACCAUCUCUAGAUAUGCAAAGCAACAAUCACAGCAACUACAACAACAGUAGCAGCAACAAUCAUCCCCAAAAUAGCCACACCUCUACGAGUCGGUCAUCGGAUUCCGGUGAGCCUUGUGGGUCUACAAGUAACAAAUGGGCAUCAAAGCUUCUUAGAGAGUGUGCAAGAGCUAUCUCUGAUAAGGAUUCAACCCAAAUCCAUCAACUUCUUUGGAUGUUAAAUGAGUUGGCUUCCCCUUAUGGAGAUUGUGACCAGAAAUUGGCAUCUUAUUUCUUACAAGCUCUUUUUUGUAAGGCUACGGAUUCCGGUCACCGAUGCUUCAAAACUCUAACUUCAGUAGCUGAAAAGAGUCACUCCUUUGAUUCUGCUAGAAAGUUGAUACUAAAAUUCCAAGAGGUAAGCCCUUGGACAACUUUUGGUCAUGUUUCUUCUAAUGGUGCAAUCUUAGAAGCCUUAGAAGGUGAAACAAAACUUCACAUAAUUGAUAUUAGCAAUACACUUUGCACCCAAUGGCCAACUUUGCUUGAAGCGUUAGCUACAAGAAACGACGAGACCCCUCGUUUAAAGCUCACUGUUGUUGUUACUGCUAGCAUUGUAAGAUCAGUCAUGAAAGAAAUAGGCCAAAGAAUGGAGAAAUUUGCAAGGUUAAUGGGAGUUCCCUUCGAGAUCAAUGUAAUAAGUGGAUUAAACAACUUAUCAGAGCUCACUAAAGAAGGAUUAAGUGUUCAAGAAGAUGAAGCUAUAGCUAUCAAUUGCAUCGGAGCAUUGAGAAUGGUUGAAGUAGAAAAAAGAAGUGCUGUGAUCCAAAUGUUUCAAUCACUUAACCCACGAGUUGUGACAGUGGUUGAAGAAGAAGCUGAUUUUACUAGCUCAAGAUAUGAGUUUGUCAAGUGUUUUGAAGAGUGCCUUAGGUAUUAUACUCUAUACUUUGAGAUGCUAGAAGAUAGCUUUUCACCAACUAGCAAUGAAAGAUUGAUGUUGGAGAGGGAGUGCUCAAGGAGCAUAAUUAGGGUUUUGGCUUGUGACCAUGAAGAAAAUGGUGAUGGAGGAGGAGGGGAGUGUGAGAGAAGAGAAAGAGGAAACCAGUGGUGCGAGAGACUCCGAGAGGCGUUUACGCCGGUCGGAUUCAGCGACGAUGUUGUGGAUGAUGUAAAAGCAUUGCUUAAAAGGUACAAAGCUGGAUGGUCACUUAUGCAACCUCCUCAAGGAGAUCAAGAAACAUCAGGACUUUACUUGACAUGGAAAGAGGAACCUGUGGUAUGGGCAUCAGCAUGGAAACCCUAAUUUUACAGUCGUCAUCGUCUUCAUCAUCAUCAUCUUCUUCAUCUCUACACUACACGAGUGGUGAUUAUGGUGAUCAUGAUCAAGUGAAGUGUAAAGGGUAUUAGCAUGGGAAUUUAUUCAGAAGCUGAAUGAGAGAGUUUGAUUGGCCAUGAACAAAUUAGAUAUGAUGAUGAAGAUGAUGGAUUUUCAUUACAAGUUGUUUCUUAUUUUCAAAGUUUCCAAACCUUUCCUUCUGCUUGUCUCAUAAUUAUUAUCAUGCAUAUUUGUAUUCUUAUCUGUUUGUGCCCAAGUACUUUGCUUCUCUUCUGCUUUAUGCUUGGGAGUUUGUGUUUGCUUUUUUAAACUGCUUUUCAGAUGAUUGUAUUUGUUUUAAGGUGUGUGCACUUAGUGCCUCUUUUUUUCAGUUCCAUACCAUCAUCCCAUUUCCCCAUUUUGGAUUGCUUGCUCAAUAUCUUUCUCCUCAACUCUUAGUACUUGGGGAAUUUGUAUCAAUAGUAUCUAUCUUCAUUGUUCCCAUAAUUAAGUUGAAUUUAUAUAUUUUUAUUUAUAUA